CACCCGCCGUCGAAAUAUUGGGGUCGUAUCCAGGAUUGUAUGUAACAAGACCGCGGUAAGGUGCUCGAGUGGCAUCGAAUACUGAUUCACAAAGUAAUUAGAAAUGCGAAAUACACUUUGUCGACGUUAAUUCUGAAGCAAGAAAGUUUGAAAAGGUCGCCAGUGUCGUAAAAGUUAUAUGUGACUCGAUGAUACGUGCGAACUGAGUAAGGAACUGAGUGAGAAAAAAAAAGGUUGAUUCAUAUUUCAGAAUCGUCGUACGCCAUCGUGCGGCAGCCGGUGAAUAAGCAGCGUUGGUCGAAGCAGCCGGUAACAGAAUCAGCGCGUGCCUCGUUUCUAUAUGUCUGAAACAGAUCUGUUAGCCAGCGAUCAAAUUGACGGCCUAGAUGGCUUAGAAAAUGGUCAGGAUGGCGAUACUUUAAUGCGUGGUGACGGAGAUCACAACAACAGCGAGACAAACGUUGAUGACCCUGAAUUGGAGGCAAUAAAGGCACGUGUCAGAGAAAUGGAGGAAGAAGCAGAAAAAUUAAAACAAUUGCAAUCCGAGGUUGAUAAGCAAAUGAACAUGGGCAGCCCUCCUGGCAUCACUAGCCCAUUGAACAUGUCUUUGGAAGAGAAAAUGGAAGUGGACAAUAGAUCGAUUUAUGUCGGAAAUGUUGAUUACGGAGCAACAGCUGAGGAAUUGGAGCAGCAUUUCCACGGGUGCGGCAGUAUCAACAGAGUGACAAUUUUGUGCAAUAAGUUUGAUGGUCAUCCCAAAGGUUUUGCUUACAUUGAAUUUGGGGAUCGUGAUUCAGUGCAAACCGCAAUGGCUAUGGAUGAGUCUUUGUUCCGAGGCCGUCAAAUCAAAGUGAUGCCCAAGAGAACUAACAGACCAGGCAUGUCAAUCACCAACAGAGGGCCUAGAGGAGCACGUGGAUUCAGAGGAGCUGCUCGAAUCAGCCGUGGUAGCGCCUAUUUUGGCUGCCGAUAUGCAAGGAGACCCAGAAGUUACAGGCGUGGCUACUAUAUGCCCUACUGACGCUUGUAGACCUUCGAUAUGAGGAGAGGUGCCAUCUGAUUCAUAUUCAGG